CUUGAAGGAAGUGCCAGUACGAAAGAUUGCCACUAUAAAUAAAGUGCCAAAAUGAAGUGAAAUGGUAUUCACAGUUUAGCCAAGUGGACUAAUUCUGGAACUUCCUUACCUGGAACAGACACAUAAUCAUUCCUUUGUUAUCUGUAUUCUCCAAUCACAGAGAAAACCACCAAACAGAAAGCAGAAUGUUUUUUAUGGCCAUAGUUCUUCUACUUCUUCCAAUCAAAGCUUUGAGUGACUUGUGUGUAUUUUUUGCAGACCAGCCUGAAAACCAGUAUUACUCAUUUUCACCACAAGUGGGCUCAGGGCAGGGCCGCUCGUAUGCCAUCACCGGCAACGGAAGGAUUACUGGUGUCCGAGUGUGGGAGGCCCGCAAUAACUACAUCUAUGGCCUCCAAAUUCGUUAUGGCUAUACUUGGACCAACGUUACGGGCUACUCGUAUGGCGAAGUCCAGGAGAUACUGUUGUUUGAAGACGAGGCCAUUGUGCAGAUCAGUGGAAAGUAUUCUCACUAUGUGCAAAGUCUGGUGUUUAUUACCAACCUGGGCCGCUCCCUGUAUGCGGGCCGACCCCAAGGCCACACCUUCAACAUGUUCCCGACCAAUGAGAAGGCUGAACUGCGCUUCAUCAGCGGUCGGCUCCACGGAGCCAUUACCGCCAUUGGGGCACACUGGGCUGUUGUCUCUGAUCUUCCCGGAACAACUCGCAAACUCGUGUAAUCAUCAUCUGGCAUGGAAAUGUUUAAAUGUAAUAUCUCUACUUGCCUGUUGAUGCUUAAUCAUUUUCUACCCUGAUUACAUCUCUUCCCAUAGCGAAUAUGUAAAAUAAUUCAUAUCUAAUUAACGAUCAAACUUGGUCGACCAAACAUUGUCACAGCUGCUUCUUCUCCCAGCUUCAUUUGUCAUUUUUGUAAUAAUUAUAUUGUUUUGUAUGAUGCUUUGAAGCCCAGUAAAUUGUCAUUAAACAUUUUGAAAUCAAAGAUUGAAAAUGUAAUAUAAUGCAUUGUGUGUAACUUGUAAGGUGUUGGAUUUAUCUCACCAAACAUUAUAAUGAAUAAACACAAAAGGAAUGAA